AAUGUACUUUUUUUUCCCCAUUUAAAUUCACUUGGGAGCUUUGUGGAGGGAUUUUUUACAGCUAUGAAUGGUUAUAUUUCCUCUAGCUGGAGGAAUAUUUUAAAAGAUGAAAAAAAUAAGUGAUUGUCUUGUUAAGAAAGUCUGACUUCAGCUUUAACAAGUAACUGUAACUAACCAGUCUCUUUGAAAGGUGAUUUAUACUUGAGCAAGACUAGAGAUGGAAUAUUUGAGGAGGCAGAGGAAGGAUAUUCAUUAUGUGGUCUGUUUCUCUUGUAGUAAAGAACAGUCUUAUUGACAAAAAUACAGCUUGAGGGUGAAGGAAAAGAUUGCUGAGUCCGAGCAAGGUUCAAUCUUGAUUAUUUGUCUGCCUCAGCUACACUAAUUGCCAGUCUAACAGCAUGGUUCCCUCCUUGGGAUGAACAUGCAUGGAGUUGUUUGUGGAUUCAGAUAUUCCAGAAGCAUCCAGGCUUUAGCAGCCAGUUUCUGCCCUGUAAAAUGUAAGGUUUAUAUUAUUGAAACUUGGAGGAAAGGACCAUUGUGUCUCUGUGUAUAUAUUUGUGCAUAUAUUUAUAGUCAUUAGAUUCACUUAAACUGCCUUUCAGGAAAGCACUUUUGUCUCCCAAGCAUCCAUCUUGCAUUCUGCAAGAUAAUCAGAAGUUGGGUGUCUGCAGUGGACUAAAUUUACUGGUGGAUAGGAAGAUUGGUCCCACUCCUGGCACAGCUGGUCCCUGUUUUGGCUGUCCUUUGUACCAUGCUCUUACAUGGGAACACAUAAUCAGGUUGUGUGUUUCAUGCUAAAAUUGACUUUCCUCUUGAUAUGUCGUUACUUCCUCUUUUUUGGACAUAUCUUAAGCAAUGUCUAUGUAAGUGAAGAGUAAUGCUGGCUGAAACCUGUUAAAAAUUUAACCACACCCACUGAGUCAUGCCAUAGGAAUUUGCCUAGGAGGCUAAUCUCAAAAUGUGUUUUGGGCUUUCUGGUAACAAAGGAAGCAGCUGUCCUCCACCCAAUAAAUAGGGGAGCAAAGAGAGGGAGUAUGACUUAAAAUAACUAGUAGUGAUGUAUAUUUUUUCCUUUGAUGCAUCAGAAUAUUUUGAAACUUCCUUUUCCCUUAAAGGUAUCUGUUCUCCUGUAAGAAGGUAAAUUAGUUUCAUAAGUCUCCAGUGAGUUAAGUUAUAAAAUACCACAUUCUUCCUUGUCAGGCUUUUGAUGAAAGCAAGUGGUAUAAUUUUUUUUAUUUUAAUGUAUAAACCAAAGGCAGCCUUUUUCUCUGACCCUAACAGAAAAAGAAGCGCAGCAGAACUGAAGAAAACUUCAGUUUUCUGCCAAUGGCUUCCAUCAUCACCGUGAUAUUAGAUACCUUAUGGCAUUUUUAGCCCUGCACUGUCUGGUGUUGCAAAAGCCAAUCUGUGGUGACUAAGACAUGGUGUUCUGCUUGGCUGCUUAUCAAAGUGGCUGUACUUACAAGCAAAUUUAAUCUGAGUGUACUUGUAGCAGUUGUACUGUACCUUAAUCCUCCUCUUCCUCUGGGAUUAAUGUUUAAAAUUCCUGACAGAACCAAAGACUGCUGCUGUAGGAACUAUGAACAUUUAAACACAGUAACUUCAGUUAAAGUUUCUGUCAAAUCCUACAUGAUUAUUAAGUACCUGCAUUUUUUGUUGGCAUCAGAAGAGCUUCUGAGGCAUUCUGCUCUGCUCACUUUCCUACAACACACCUUACAGUUCUUUUGGCUUUUUGCUUGCCUUCUGUUUCUUGAUCUUGGACUUUGGGUAUGUUCUUGUUUAUAGGUGCUGCAUGCAGUGAAGGUGUGGGUGAAGUUUUGAUUCUAAUGACUAGGCAGAGUGAAUGAGUUAUGAUGCAAAGGGAAUAACCUCACAGAGAUGUAAAAUAAUGAUCAUCACAGCCUAUUGUCAAACUUCAGAUAUCUAGUCUUCAAUGUACAUGAAAUGUAAAAAUAGCAUAAUAAUAGUAAAAAAUUUUUAAAUACCAAUAAAUACUUGCUUCCAAUAAAAAAUUCGUGUGAAAGAUAAAAAUCAAAGCAGUAAGUGUGGGAAGUGCAGUUCUGUAUUAGUAUUUCAAAAGUCUGAUCAAAGCCUAAGCUACAAGUAAUGAAGGAUGGAAAUAAGUGUUAAACAAACGGGGCAAUUUCAACUUUGUCCUUCUGCGGCAGCAUUUUUAGGUGUGGGAAAGUAGAGUUUGUUUAACCAGCUUGCUAAAUAACAGCCUGAGCCAUUGCUAGAGAACUAGAAUACUUUGAAUUUGUGUUGUAAAGUCUGUAGGACACUUAAAAUUCAGGGUCUUACUGUGCUAAGAGCUUACUGAUUUCAUGUUUCUUUCUGAAGCAUGCCUAUCUGCUUUACUAGUGAAAAAUAACCUUUUAUGCAUGUAACUUGCAAGAUCUGGUUUAAGUCUAUUAUUUGGGGAAAAAAUUAUAUCUGGAUGUAGAAAAUUCAACUGUAUAAAGGAUGAAAAAUUUAUUUCAUUCAGAAUAUCCUUAUUGUUGGAAGUAGGUGUGUACAACUUGAUAAGAGGCUCUCUCUUUUUUGGUAGUCCAGUUUCAGUUGCAGCAAUGAUUUAUGAUGAAAAGAAUAUUAAUCUUCCUAGCUGCAAACUCUUGCACUGGUAUCCUUGCUGUUGUUCUCUACAGAAAGAAAUCGAAGAUGAAUAUGCUGCUAGACUGACUUAGCAUGAGGCCAGCUGCUCCCAUGGUGCAUAUCAAUUGUAAGCUUGGGCAAAUAAAGAAAUCUCUUAGUAAAGAAGACAAACUGGAACACAGAGAACACAAACAAUGAGUAGGAGAAAAAUUGUUUGUUGAGUCAAACGGAAAUUUUUCUGGCAAAAAUUAAACACGUGGGAAGAAAAAAAUGGGCUUCAUUUGAGUCAGUCCAGAAUUUUAAGUGAAAUAUCAUUAACGCAGUUUUUGAAGAGAGGAAGCUUGUAUAUUCUUGUUAGUUCCUUAAAAUGAGUUUUUUCAGACCACAAGCCAGUAGUUUUAGACAAAUUCGUCAAAGCACUGAAAUUAGGUUUUACAGUGUUAAGAAAAUAAACAUGUUUAUUUUUUUUUCCUUUAACCUCACUGAAUUCAGCAUCUCUGUACGAAUAGUUUUCGGUCCUGCUAAAUAAUUGGUUUUGGUAAACAUCGACUGGAGAAACUCCGCAAUUCUAACAAGGGACAUUUGCAUUUCUGCUAAGGAGAAAUACAAGUUUAAAACAUAAAUGUAUUUAUGUUUAAAUUAACAUGAUUAUUGGUCUUCUGAAGCACUUCUGAAGUGCCAAGGCAAACUGAAAUGCUCUUCUACAUUCUUACUGCCUUUAGUUUGUUUGUGACCACAGAAGUCACACAGCCUGCCUACCCUUAACAGUGUACACAAUGUGUGUAGGCUGUCAUCAAGAGACAUACAUCUUCUUUUGUGACUUGUUCUCUGAAAGAAAGCCUUCGUUUCUCUUGCAUCUUUUUUUUUUUUGCCUGCUUAUAUGUUUUUUUUGGCAUAGCACAUCUACUUUCGGCUUCUAAACUGAGCUGUUUCACAGGUUAACCUUUCUUGGCUUUAGCACCCACUUGGAGAAGUGAAGAUACUGGGCUGAUGGCCUCUGUUCCCGUUAGUGCCUGGCAGAUUUGAGCAGCUUUAACAGGCAUCUCUACCAUGACUCUGCACUGCUUGCAGAUUUUUCUCUUGCUUCUGCUUGGUUCAUGGUGGCCAGACUCAGAGCAGCAUGUGGCAGGAGCUGUGAAGGUCAGAGAGCACUAUAUAGCUGCACAGAUCACCAGCUGGACCUACAAACCACAACCUGAGGAAAAGUCCAGAUUGGAACAUUCAGAUCCUGUAUUUAAGAAAAUUUCUUACAGAGAAUAUGAAGUGGAUUUUAAAAAAGAAAAACCAGCAAAUACAUUUGCAGGACUUCUGGGACCAACCCUGCGUGCUGAAGUGGGAGAUACUUUAGUGGUUCACCUUAAAAAUAUGGCUGACAAGCCAGUCAGUAUUCAUCCUCAAGGCCUAGUUUACAGCAAAAGUGAAGAAGGCUCCCUGUAUGAUGACAGAACAUCACCUGCAGAAAAGCAAGAUGAUGCUGUACUUCCAGGCCAGCUCUACACAUACGUGUGGGAUAUACCAGAAGAAGUUGGUCCAAGAGAAGCUGACCUUCCUUGUCUUACUUAUGCUUACUAUUCUCAUGAGAACAUGGCAAUGGAUUUUAACUCUGGUCUGGUUGGAGCGUUGCUGGUCUGUAAGAAAGGAAGUCUAAAUGAGGAUGGGUCACAGAAACAUUUUGACAGGGAAUAUGUACUGAUGUUUGGUGUGUUUGAUGAGAACAAGAGUUGGCAAAAAUCAGCAUCAGUCAAGUAUACAAUUAAUGGCUAUACUGAUGGAACGUUACCAGAUUUAGAAGCUUGUGCAUAUGACAACAUUAGUUGGCACUUGAUAGGAAUGAGUUCCAAGCCAGAAAUCUUCUCCAUUCACAUCAAUGGCCAGUCCAUGGAGGAAAAACAUCACCGAGUUUCUGCUGUUAACUUGGUAGGAGGAGCCUCAACCACCGUAAACAUGACAGUGACUGAGGAAGGAAGGUGGCUCAUAUCUUCUCUUGUCCAAAAGCACCUGCAAGCUGGAAUGCACGGUUACCUCGCUGUAAGGGAUUGUGGGGACAAAGAGGUGAAGAAGAGUCGUCUCUCCUAUAGAGAACGUCUUAUGGUCCAAACCUGGGACUAUUUCAUUGCUGCAGAAGAAGUUACCUGGGAUUAUGCCCCAAGAAUUCCAGACACCCUUGAUAGACACUAUAAAUCGCAACACUUGGACAACUUCUCCAAUCUCAUAGGUAAAAGGUAUAAAAAGGCUAUUUUUACACAAUAUACUGAUGCCAGCUUCACUAAACGUCUGGAAAAUCCUCGUCCCAAGCAAACUGGAAUUUUGGGCCCUAUUAUCAGAGCUCAAAUCAAUGAUAAAGUCAGAAUUGUAUUCAAAAAUAAGGCCAGUCGACCCUACAGCAUUUAUUUCCAUGGAGUGACACUUGCAAAGAAUGCAGAAGGAGCUGAUUAUCCUCUGGAUCCCACAAGCAAUGGCACCCAGAGUAGAGGAGUUGAACCAGGGAAUACGUACACUUAUGAGUGGAAAAUUGCUAAAACAGAUCAACCCACUGCACAGGAUGCGCAAUGUAUUACAAGGCUGUAUCACAGUGCUGUAAAUAUUGAGAGAGAUAUAGCCUCUGGACUGAUUGGCCCACUUCUGAUUUGUAAAAGUGAAGCACUGACACAAAAGGGUGUGCAGAAAAAGGCAGAUGAGGAGCAGCAGGCAAUGUUUGCUGUGUUCGAUGAAAAUAAGAGCUGGUACCUAGAGGAUAACAUCAAGGAAUACUGCAGCAACCCAGCCACUGUUAAAAGGGAUGAUCCCAAGUUCUAUAACUCGAACAUAAUGCACACAAUAAAUGGCUAUGUGUCUGACAGUAGUGAAAUCCUUGGAUUUUGCCGAGAUACUGUGGUUCAGUGGCACUUUUUCAGUGUUGGCACCCAUGAUGAGGUUGUCUCUGUUCGCCUUGCUGGACACUUUUUUCUGUACCAAGGGAAAUACGAGGAUACAUUGAGCCUUUUCCCCAUGAGCGGAGAAUCAGUCACAGUGGAAAUGGACAAUGGUGGUACUUGGCUUUUGGCAUCCUGGGGCACCCCAGAAAUGAGUUAUGGCAUGAGGCUGAGAUUCAGGGAUGCAAAGUGUGACUAUGAGGAAGAUGAAACGUUGGAUUUUGUGGCUUUAAGUCCCACCAAGACUGAAAGAAAGGCUGUUCCCACCACAGCUGAGCAAGUUGUGCAAGAAAAGGAGGAAAACAAGGAGGAAUUGGAUUAUCAGGAUUAUCUAGCUUCUGUUUACUCCAUCCGAGGCUCAAGAAAGGCAGCAGGUGAUGAAGAAAAACAGAAUCUUACAGCACUGGCCUGGGAGCAGUACGAAGACAUUGAUGCCAUGAGUUCUGAGGUGGCAGCUGGCUCAGGUCUGACAGCUAUAAAUAGUAGUGGAACAACAAACAACUCUAAGUUCUUUGAAACUCAUAUCACUCCUCUUCCCCCAGUCAAGGCUGAAACAUUCCAGUCAAAUCACACAUCAAUCACAGCAGAAGAGGAUUUAUUUUUAGCUACCACAAGUGAUGGAGAAGCUGACUUGGUAUUUGAGAAUAGAAGCCAAAGCAACUAUGAAAUAGCUCACAGUAACAUGUCUGCAGGUGAACACUUGCUGAGCAAUGGGGGAGGCCCAGUGAAUGUUGCAGAAGAACUUCCAGCUGGUGGAAAUGACAGUAAACCUUUUCCAGAAAAAUAUCAAGAGCAAAGCAUGGGAAGAGGAAACUGUACUACUAACAAGAAAAGGAAAAGGCGAAGCUCACUGGCCAUUAAGUUUUACUCUGUCCAAAAGAUGAAUGCCCUUCUAAAUCAUGUCCGAAAUAAAAAUGUCUCAUUUUCUGACAAGACUGAUGCACCUCAUUUUGUGCAUCAUACAGAGAACACAUCCAAUGAAGCCAUGGUGGGAACUGGCAAACUGCAAAAUGAAUAUGAUGAUGAUCUGAAAGAGAAGGGAAAGAAGAUGGAAAAUGCCAUGCACACAGUUAACUUGACACUGGAUUUGGACCUCAUAGUAGGAGAGGGGUCUAAUGCAUCCAGCCUUUCUGAACCCAGGAUAUCCAAAGAUAAACCAGCCGAUGUUUUUUCUUUAGAAUAUACAUUAGACAAUACAAGCCCUAAUUCCAGCCCUGCUGUAGUGAAGAACUUAGUAGAAGCAUCAUUGCCCGGGGCUGGGAAAUAUUCAUCUAAAAUGACUAGUAAGGAAUGGAAUUUGGUGUCUGCAAAGAUGAAUCCAGGAUUAGAGGCAAGCUUAGAUAAAUCUGCUGGUGGUAAGUUAAAUCAUCAUGGCAGAAAUGGUACAGCAUCCAUAAAUAAGGAAGAUAUGAAGAAGGAUCAAGGGCUCUCACAUCUAAUGGGGGAAAACCAGAAAGUGAGCCACAUUCACCCGACUCAGAAAGGAAAGGAGGGAAACAACAAUACCUUGACUUCAUCUGGAACCUUCAUCAAGAUCCGAAGGAGAAAGAAGGAAGAUGCAAAAAUUACCUACUUGCUGAGCCCAAGGAGUAGAAACUCCAAAAAGCCCAUCAAUUCCGUGGCAGGGUUUGGCCGUGCACUUCCAGGUGGGACCAACCACACAGCAGUGCCGUGUUGCACAGAUGCCACCAAGGCAGCCAGUGAGGUCAGCCAGAGUGUGGGUGUGAGCAGAGCCAGGCUCGGCGAGUCGCUGGGUGAAACCAUCACCCCGCGGCAGUUCAGGCCGUCCAUCACCAUCGGGCUGCCCCGAGCAGAUGGAGACUAUGAGUACGUGAUAGGAGAAUCCUACAGUGACGAGAGCUCGGGUGGCGAAUACGAGUACCAUUACGUGAGCUUUGAUGACCCCUACAUGACAGACCCCAAGGUGAACAUCAGCAGGCAGCGUAACCCUGAUGACAUUGCUGAGCACUACCUGCGCAGCAGAGGCAAUAAGAGGAGAUAUUACAUCGCAGCUAAAGAGGUCUGCUGGAACUAUGCAGGAUAUAAGAAAAGUGCAAUGAGGAAUGACAAAACCUGUAAAGAUGGCAGCAGACGUAAGGUGAUUUUCCAGAGCUACACAGACAGUACCUUUUCAACUCUUCAGGAUGAAGAUGAAUAUACAGAACAUCUUGGCAUCCUGGGACCAGUUAUUCGGGCUGAAGUGGACGAUGUUAUCCUAGUUCAUUUUAAGAAUCUGGCAUCCAGACCAUAUUCCCUCCAUGCCCAUGGAGUCCUCUAUGAAAAGUCCUCUGAGGGAAGCGUUUAUGAUGAUGAAUCUACUGCUUGGUUUAAGGAAGAUGAAGUUCAGCCAAAUAACAGCUACAUAUAUGUAUGGUACGCAAACCAGCGAUCGGGCCCUGUGCAGUCAGGAGCAGCUUGUCGGUCCUGGGUCUACUACUCUGAUUUAAACCUGGAGAAAGACAUUCAGUCUGGUUUGAUUGGGCCGAUACUGAUCUGUGAAAAAGGAGCCUUCAGCAAAUCAAACAGCAGCAGGACAUAUACACGAGACUUUUUCUUGCUUUUUAUGGUCUUUGAUGAAGAGAAAAGCUGGUACUUUGACAAACAUUCUGGAAAGCCUUGUAACGAGAAGACACAAGAAAUGCAGCAAUGCCACAAAUUCUAUGCCAUUAAUGGGAUUACCUACAAUUUGCAAGGCUUGAGGAUGUAUGAAGGUGAAACAGUCCGAUGGCACUUGCUGAAUAUGGGUGGCCCAAAAGACGUUCAUGUUGUUCAUUUUCAUGGACAGACUUUCAUAGAACAAGGAGAGCCAGAGCAUCAGCUUGGUACAUACACUCUCCUCCCAGGCUCAUUUAGAACAAUUGAAAUGAAACCACAGAGACCUGGCUGGUGGCUUUUAGACACUGAAGUGGGGGAAUACCAGCAAGCAGGAAUGCAGACAUCCUAUUUGGUUAUAGAGAAAGAGUGCAGGAUUCCAAUGGGCCUGGCAAGUGGGGUUAUACUCGAUUCGCAGAUUGAUGCUUCACAUCACAUAGACUACUGGGAACCUAAGUUAGCCCGAUUAAAUAAUUAUGGAACAUACAAUGCUUGGAGUACUACAAUGGAGGAAGAACUGCCUUGGAUCCAGGUGGACUUUCGAAGACAAGUUUUGCUCACUGGGAUACAGACACAGGGAGCCAAGCAGUUUUUUAAGUCCUUGUACAUCCAGAAGUAUUUUCUUGUUUACAGCAAAGACAAACGGACAUGGAACACCUUCAAAGGAGACAGCUCGCCAACAGGAAAGAUUUUUGACGGUAAUUCCAAUGCCUAUGACAUAAAAGAGAACAUCAUUGAUCCCCCUAUUAUUGCUAGGUACAUCAGACUCUACCCCACUGAGGUCUACAACAGGCCUACUCUUCGCAUGGAGCUUCUGGGCUGUGAAGUAGAUGGAUGCUCUUUGCCACUUGGAAUGGAAAGUGGAGAGAUCAAGAAUACCCAGAUAACAGCCUCAUCUGCAAAGACAUCCUGGUUUAGCACAUGGGAUGCUUCACUUGCUCGUCUCAAUCAGAAUGGAAAGAUGAAUGCCUGGCGAGCCAAGUUUAACGACAACCAACAGUGGCUGCAAAUUGACCUCCUCACAGUUAAGAAGAUCACUGCUAUUGCUACGCAGGGGGUCACAUCCAUGUCAGCUGAAAACUUUGUGAAAACCUAUGUUCUUCUGUACAGCAAUGAAGGCUUCGAGUGGAAAUCCUACACAGAGGGUUCAAGCUCAAUACCAAAGGUUUUCCUGGGUAAUGCAAACAGCAAUGAGCAUGUCAAGAAUUUUUUUAACCCACCCAUCCUGUCCAGGUUCAUCCGCAUUGUUCCAAAAACAUGGUACCGUGGGAUUGCCCUUCGGGUAGAACUCUAUGGCUGUGAUUUUGGUGGAGGUCUGGCUGCGAAAAGGACUGAUGAGUCUGGGAGUUCUUAACCUGCCAGCAGUCAUCAUGCAGAACAACCUGUUUGUCUAGAAACCCUUAAAACAGUCACACUUAGUAGUUUGGAUAUGUGCUUUGUCAAAGGAACAUAAUGUUUUACCAACAGGAUUGAGAGAUUUCUCUGGCAUGUGUUUCAUUCCUACAAAUACACAUUUUAGAAAACAGCUUAUUUUCUCUGAGAAAAUCUCUUUUCAGCUUCUUUUCUCUGGAAGAAAUAGUAGUCCCUUCUGAUUAGUAUUAUCACUUCUUCAUUAUAACCAGUACUCUGUCUUACUUUUUACCUAAUUUUAAGUCCUGAACCCCUAGGAAUGGAGACUCUGGCCUUGAUCCUGAGCCCUGGCUAUCUCCAUUUUGAAAUGCUUUUGCAGCACAGAUGAGGAAUAGAAAGCUAUAGCAGGUGGAUGUUCUCCAUACAUAAGGCUUAGAGGGAAAUCCAGUGCUGAUCUGGAGAUGUGGAGCUGCAUUCCAGCAGUACCUUGGUAAGAAAUGAUUGUAGGGGUGGCCUCUCCUCCACGUCUUUUGCCUGCACUGUGGCAAAGACAGGACAUGUCUCAGCAUUAAGGUAUGUCCAGCCCCUUCUCAGAGAAUGUGUGCUGGCAUUGUUGGUUUGGUUCUUGCAUACCCAGCACACCUGAAUGGUGUAGAUUUCACAGAAUUCAUCUUCAGUGCCCUGGAAAGAGAAAAGGGAGUCAGCAGUGCCUUUACAUCCCAGAAACAAGAAGAGAAGUGAUUUAACCUGACAGGUGAUGGAACAGCAAUGGGAGAGCCAAAACGAGAAUUCAGAACUCCUGAUGCUUAGUCCCAUAUACACUUUUAGACUGUUGGGACAGGGAGCUCCCUUGAUGAGGAAAGCUUUGAGAACUGCAGCUGUUCAGUGGCAGUACAGCCUGGGGGUGGCAGAGGAGGAUUAGAUGAAACUGGGUAACAGAAACAGCUUCAUCUUCUCUUACAAUUUAACAGCAUUUUUACUAAUGGAAAUACUCAUGUGCAUAGAUUUUACAUGGAUAUUUCCCAGGAUAACACAUCUGAAAAUAGAUAACACAGUCCAUAAACUCAUUAUUCCAGCAGAAUUUUAACAAAGCUUUCGGUAGUGUUCUAGACUUCUAUCCUGUAAAUUGUUUAUUUGCAGCACUUCACUUAUCACACUAGGUACCAUUCAGCAGGCUGGAUUUUUAAAGUAAUUUGUCUUUGAACCUUGAAUGAUGUUAGCCAGUUUUAUUUCAGUAGUUUUUAAUUUCUUUCUCAUACAGAGCAUGCAUUUUAAAGAGCAGGUAUAGAACGGGAAUGAAAAACGUGUAAAAAACUAAACAAAUAUUUUCUUCUGGUUUUUUUUUUUUUUUUACUAUGUCACAAACUGUUGUAAUUUUCCACUGGAAAAU